GCGAAAUGGCAAAAGUUGACGAAGCAGAAAUAACCGGAUUAGUUAAUGCGAAGAAUUGAAUGAAAUGAUACGACAGAUUUAUAAAAAUUAAAAUUUUCGCAAAAACAAUUUGAUAAAUAUAAAUAAUUUACUAACAAAAUGGAUCGCAACGUGUAGUGUUCAAUGCUUAUAUAAUAAGUUAUAGCUAAGUUUAUGCUCUACUACGAAUUUGAAAACCAAAGCGGAAGUUCACCAAAAAUAAUAACAAGUUAUUUUUUAUUCCAACGACAGCGGCAUAGGCUGCUUGGUUUUCUGAAAGCGAAUGCCCCAGGGACCAAUUUUAACUGUUUUGAAUAAAAAUGAUUUGCUUGUGCAACUCGUGCCAGUUAGAAGAAACGACCACUUACAAAUAUUUAUGACAACAACAAAUAAUUCACCUACAACUUUGGAAGAAUAUAUAUGUCAGGCCGCAGUUCCUAGAGCGUUCUCAUUGCAAAUGCUAUCGCCUUCUGCUAUGGUACUACCACCCGGUGGUGUUAUAACGCAAGAAUUGCGUGUUGUUAGUACGUCCAAUGCUAUCCUUCGCAUGAGGUUACGCAUAUUAUAUACUGUCGACGGACAACUCGUUGUGGAGCAAACAGAAGUUACCGGAUUUCCUGACGCUGCACUUGAAUAGUAUUCAAAAUAUGUACAUAUAGUUAAAUUUACGAUAAAAGCACAAAAUGUAAUUAGAAUUUUUAGGAAGUGAAAGAAGUAAAUACGAACUUAUUUCAUAUUGUAAGCAAAAAAAAAGAAAACUGUACUUACAAGUAUAUUUAAUUUUAAAUUUCUAUUGUUUUGCAUUGGAGUAAUAAGAAAAAUACUAAAGUAUGUACUAAAAAGUACUAUAUAUAGAUAAUUCUAAAGAACAAUAAAUCGAUAGUUAUCGAUAUGACAAUGUACACAUCACUUGUCGUAUGAAAAUGUCAUAUCAAGACGAAAAAGGCGAAAGUUGACGAACAAGGAAUGGCAGGAUUAGUAAUAAGAAGAGGUGAAAGCAAGAAUAAUAGAAAGAAUUAUAAAAAAUUCAAUUUUUCGCAAUAUCAGUUCGAUAAAAUCUAUACAUAUACAUUAAAUAACUUCCAAGUAAAAUGGUUAUAAACGUGUAAUAUCCACUAAAAAAAUACUAGAAUUUAAAUUAUAAAAAUACUAUCUGGCAUAGUGAGAAUUUGAAAACCAAAGCGGAAGUUCACAAAUAGAGAUAAGAACACAUAAUUUUUAUUCUGACGACACAGCAACAGCCAACUCAUAUACAGCAACAGUUGCUGGUGCUGAUAUGCUGUAUGGCUUUUUGUAAAAUAAUUCGUUUAGGCUAAUCGAACUACUAAUUUCAUUAUUGCACAAAGAGGCUAGUGGAG